CUGCUUGGCUUUUCCUUGCAGAUUUUCAUAAAUAACGAAUGGCACGAUGCAGUCAGCAAGAAAACCUUCCCCACCGUCAACCCAGCCACGGGAGAAGUCAUCUGCCAGGUGGCUGAGGGCGAUAAGGCAGAUGUGGACAAGGCGGUGAAGGCGGCCCAGGCCGCGUUCCGGCUGGGCUCGCCCUGGAGGAGGAUGGAUGCAUCGCACCGCGGCAAGCUGCUGAACCGCCUGGCUGACCUGAUCGAGAGGGACCGCGCCUACCUGGCCGCCCUGGAAACUCUGGAUAAUGGCAAACCCUACGCCAUCUCCUACCUGGUGGACUUGGACAUGGUGAUCAAAUGUCUCAGAUACUUUGCAGGCUGGUCAGAUAAAUUCCAUGGCAAAACCAUCCCGUUAGAUGGAGACUUCUUCUGCUACACAAGGCACGAGCCCGUGGGAGUCUGUGGGCAAAUCAUCCCAUGGAACUUCCCACUGUUGAUGCAAGCAUGGAAACUGGGGCCUGCCCUGGCCACUGGCAACGUGGUUGUGAUGAAAGUGGCAGAGCAAACCCCCCUGACUGCUCUCUAUGUGGCCAGUCUGAUCAAAGAGGCUGGAUUCCCCCCGGGCGUGGUGAACAUCAUCCCUGGCUAUGGCCCCACGGCAGGAGCUGCCAUCUCCUCCCACAUGGACGUUGACAAAGUCGCCUUCACCGGCUCCACCGAGGUUGGACACCUGAUCCAAAAGGCUGCAGCACAGAGCAACCUCAAGAGGGUGACCCUGGAGCUCGGAGGGAAGAGCCCCAAUAUCAUCUUGUCUGAUGCAGACAUGGACUGGGCUGUGGAUCAAGCCCACUUUGCCCUGUUCUUCAACCAAGGGCAGUGCUGCUGUGCUGGCUCCAGGACCUACGUGCAGGAGGACAUUUACAACGAGUUUGUGGAGAGGAGUGUGGAGAAGGCCAAGGCCAGGGUGGUUGGGAACCCCUUUGACUUCAAAACCGAGCAGGGCCCUCAGGUGGAUGAGGAGCAGUUCAAGAAGAUCCUGGGCUACAUCAGCACGGGCCAGAAGGAGGGAGCCAAGCUGCUGUGUGGUGGCAGCCCCGCUGCAGACAGGGGCUACUUCAUCCAGCCCACGGUGUUUGGGGACGUGCAGGACAGCAUGACCAUCGCCAGGGAGGAGAUCUUCGGGCCGGUGAUGCAGAUCCUCAAGUUCAGAACCAUCGAGGAGGUGAUCGAGAGAGCCAACGACUCCAAGUACGGCCUGGCCGCCGCCGUGUUCACCAGGGACCUGGACAAAGCCAACUUCGUGUCCCAGAGCCUCCGGGCUGGCACUGUCUGGUGAGCCUGGCACCCCCUGGCA